ACUCAAAUUAAUUUGUUGUUUUUUCUUAUGUGUAAUUUCUGGUUUGGUCUGCGUGCUUAGAAACGUAAUCAUUAUAAAUAUCAUGAGUUCUGAAAAAGAAGAAGUCGUUGAAAAUACGAAUUUGUUGGAUUCGGAUCCACUUACUCAAGUUGACGACGAAAAAUCAGAUUUGUUUGACGAUGACGAGGGACUUGUUAAAUCAACAACCACAGAAGAAGCAACGGAUCCAGGUUCGAUGACAAAUGAACUUGAUUCAAGAGAUCUUUUCAUUACUGUCUCUAAUCCAGAGAAACACAUAACAACCAUGGAAACCUAUAUUACUUAUAAGAUAACUACAAAGACCACCAGAAGUAUAUUUGACAACAGUGAAUAUUCAGUUCAGAGACGAUAUCAAGAUUUUGUUUGGCUUCGUAAUAAAUUAGAAGAAAAGCACGAAACCCAUCUUAUUCCACCUCUGCCAUCUAAGUUUAUAAUGAAGGGAAUGUUAGAUCGUUUCAACCGUCAAUUCACUCAAACUCGAUGCAGGGCACUUCAUAAUUUCCUCGACCGAAUAUCCCGACAUUCCGUCAUUUCAUUCGAUGAAAAUCUUCAAGUCUUCUUAACAGCUAAGGAAUUUACUGCGUUCCGGAAACAAAGUGAAAGUUUCAUGUCUCGUGUCGGGGGGUCGGUGAAAUCUAUUUCAACCGCUGCUGUGAGACUAAAAGAUAGAGAUCCUGAAUUCGACGAGGUUCUCAACCAAGUUACACAGUUUGGGGAGAAGAUUGGAGUUUUGGAACGAGUUGCUGAGAGGCUGCAUGCGGAGAAAAAAGAAUUUGUUGCCGAAUUGAAAGAAUUUUCGCCGACGUUUUCAAUGUGGUCUGCUUCUGAGGAUGAUGUCAUAGCACCCAUUAUGACAUCAACAAGCAGUGCUGUGGAAGCUUGUGCUGAAGCUGCUGAGGCUAAUUUAAAGAUUCAUGAGUUUGAAUACAUGCCUCCCUUGAGGGAGUAUGUGUUAUACUGCGACGUGGUGAAGCAAGUUUUAAGAAGACGAGAUAAUUUUCAACUACAGCACGAUAAAGUAGUGGCUGAACUACAAAGAAAACAAGAUGAAAAAGAAAAUCUUCCAAAAUCUGACCAAUCAUAUUCUGUCGGGGCAUUGAUGGGAAAAUCAGCCAAUGAGGUGAAAGAUCAAAAAGAAUUAAAACUCGAACAACAAAUUGAGGAGAUAUCGAAAAGAAGAGAUGAUUUAAACGACAAACUCGAAUGUGCGAAUGCAAAUUUAAGAUCAGACGUAGAUCGUUGGAAAGUUGAUAAACUGCAUGACAUGGCACAAAUAUUUGAUGACUUGGCAGAUUCACAAAUCCAAUUUCAUCAGCAGUGUCUAUCUGCAUGGGAACACAUUCUACCUGCCAUGCAAGAAAAAGAUCAAUCUACAGAUUAUGAGACUUAACUUCAAGUAGCAAAUAGUUUUCAUAUAUUAAGUGAUCUGUUCCAUUGAUGUUAGCUAGUAUAUUCUAUAUUGCUCAAUUUUCUAAAUAGAUUUGAUUGAAAAGUUUCAUAAAGAUUUUUAGGUAUAAAAAAGAUUUGAUAAUUGGUGUCAAUUUUUCAAUGCUAAAUUAUCUUUCUAAUGUAGUAACCAGUGGUUCUCAACCUAAUUGCAUCAUUAACCUCUUAAACAGAAUUGUAUAAAUUCUUGUGACUUGUCUUACAAUUUAAUUGAAGUGACUCAAUUUACUUGUCCAAGUUUUAUUGUGUGUUUACUGAAGUUAGGUGUAGUUUCAAAAAUCCGGUCGCAAAAGUUUUUCUGUUACUUUGUGUUUAGCGUUUGGGUUAUUUUUUGGGUGAGAUUGUACAGCGAGGCACUAAUUACACUAGCCUAAUAUUUGGGUCACUGCAAAAGGUUGAGAAGCACUGGUUUCAAAUUUGGAGUAUUAAAUAAAUGUCUUCACCAAACUAUAUAGUACUGUGGAGUAAGAUGGGAUAUCAUAAGCAUCUAAAUCCCAUACUGUUGAAUCGUGUUUUAAACAAUUACCAACACUAUAUUAGGGGCACGAGGGUAGAGGUAUUAAAAUCUGUAAAUAUUUUUUUGUUUAAUACUAAGUCGGACAAGAAAAGUAAAUAAAAAUGUUCCAUCUUACUCUACUCUACUUUAUUAUUCUCUUCCGUUGUUGUAUUUUUGCUUCUUAUUUUACAAGUGAACUGCUCCAUUAAUUGUACAACUUUCAAAUUUUGAACCACAAAUAAUGAAUAUAUGUAAUUGAUCAAACAAAUUAAAUUUCCUUCAUCUAUUAUUAAAGUGUUCGAAUUUUAAAUUUUGAUUUUUCAUGUUCUGUAAAUUGUUUCAAUUUCGUUCAAAAUCGAUGCACAUUGUUGUAAUAUCUCACGUGCAAUACAUAAAACUGUAUGAA